AUUGUUACAUGAAAAAUUACACUUAUCUGAUUAAUUAAACCCUCAAAUGGUGCUGAUUUAAUAUAAUAAGAGAAUCAGGAAAACUCACAAUAUUGACCAACAAUAUAUGACUUGACAAUACAUGUUUCUAAUAAGAGAUAUUUGAAUAUUGAUUAAGUGAGAAUAUUUAGGUUUAUUGUUAAUUUACCAGAAAACCAAAUCAUCAUCAAGGACAAACAGUUCUUCCAUGAGCACCAGAGGUCACUUUAGGUCAGUUUCCUCUCCACUUCUUCUCUUAUUCACUGUAUUGUUGAACGUUUCUCUCUCUCUCUCUCUCUCUCUCGCUCCCCUCUGUGCAGCUGUUAAUCUGCUGUGUUUGGUUCUUAGUCGGACUGGAAUGCGUCAGGGGUUUUUUGGGCCAAACUGUCCCGACGCGUUACAGCACCAGCAGAUCCCUGAGCGAGGUUACCUGACCGGAGGAGGAGGAUCUGGAUCCGGAGUCCUCUGGAUCUUUAUUUCUUCACCUGUUCGUCUUGACUAAACAGGCGCAAUGAAUCAAAGCAAGGUCGAGUUUGAGCCUUUUGAAUAUUCCUAUGAUUAUUCAGACUGGUACUCCAACAAUGCAGACCCUACACUAGCUCCCAAAGAAGUUAUUUUGCCGUGUGACCCCACAGCGGACGACCAGCUCUUCAACAUAUGCAUACUGUCAAUAUCUCUGGUGGUCAUGUUAAUCCUGGCAGUUCUAACCAGGAAAAACAAACUCUGCCAAGGAUUCACACGAGGAUCCUCCAGCAUCUUUAGUCCAGCAAACUUCCUGGAUCAGACACAGAAAAAAGGUCUGGUCAUGGCUGUUUUUGGACUGAUGUUCAGCAAGCUGGCGAUGCUGGUGAUCGCCCCGGACCCGCUGCCGUUCUCCAAAGAGACUCCGGCAGAAAUCAAAGAGUACAUGAAGAUAAUCGCUAUCUUCUACUAUCCAGUCCUGUACUAUCCUCUGUUGGUUUGUUGCACUCUGCAGCACAUAGCAGGUUACGUGUUCGGGACGCUCCUCUCCUUCAGUCACUUCGGGGUUCUGGUGUGGCAGAAGUUUGACUGUCCAAAGACGCCAGAGAUCUAUAAAUUCUAUGCUCUGCUUGCAAGUCUGCCUCAGUUAGCCUGCCUCGCAUAUCUCUGUGUCCAGUUUCCUUUGCUGUUUAUUAAAGGACCGAAGUCUGACGAGGACCUCGACAGCAGCUACUACACCGAGUAUGUGAAGUCACUUCUCAAGAAAAGGUCCUCAACUGCCAGCUCCUUAACUACAGACAAACCGACGCUGGCAGAGAGGAUACUGGAAGUGCCUAAGAGUUAUAUUUAUAUCCCGGAAAAAGUGUUUCGAUUUCCACUAAAGCUCGCUGUAUCAGCGUUUGUUGCCCUUGUGGCGAUAUACCAUACAGCGUUGUUGUUAGUCGUCCUCGUCGUCCCCACCCUCCAUAUUGUUCGUUCUGGUAUUGAUGAAAACAUCGCCUUCCUGCUUCUGGGGUUCGGGAUCGUCCUAUCAGACAACAGGAUGGAAGUUGUCCAAAUCGUGACUUUCUACACAUGGUUGCUGGAAGUUUGCUACCUCUGUGCGAUGACCCUCUCUUGUGUGGUCAGUCUCGUCAUGCUCAUGAAGUCCAUGAUACUUCACAGGUCAAACCUGAGAGGAUUGUACAAGGGAGACGUUUACAACAUUUACAACAGCCAGAAGACCAUCCGUCCAUCCAACCCCGGCGUCGUCUGUUGGAUGGGCUUGACGGGAUACCAGGCUGCAAUCAUCUGUCUUGGAAUGGCGAUCCAGACGGUUGUGUUUUUCAUCUGCUUCUUGUUCUUCGUGUUUUUGAUCAUCAUCCCUGUUUUUUACGGUCGUAACAUCAUCGUCUUUGAAAUCCUGGGAAAGGCAUGGCCAGGCUGGGUCACGCUGAUACUGGUAACUGUACUUCAACACGUGACUGCUAAGUUUGCUUUCAUCAAAAAGGAAGCCGGUACGAGAGACUUGAACAACAGAGAGAGUCUGUUUCUUCUGACGUAUCUGCUGUUCUUGAUCAACAUUGUGGUGGGAUUGAUAGUCGGCAUAUGGAGAAUGGUGAUUACUGCUUUGUUCAACAUCAUCCAUCUUGGUCGUAUUGACAUCAGUCUGCUGCACCGCACCGCUGAGUCCUUUGACCCAGCCUACAGCUACUACACCAACUUCCUGAAGGUGGAGGUCAGCCAGUCGCACCCAGUGAUGAAGGCUUUCUGUGGGCUGCUGCUGGACAUGAUGGUUGAAGGUGGCAGGGUGGGACAGAAAAUAAGAGACGCAGAGGAAGGCAUCCAGGAGAAUCGGCAGAACAAGACAACCAGCAGUCGGAGGAUUCGCUCUCGCUGGCAGCUGCUGUACACGCUGGUCAACAACCCGUCCCUGCUGGGCUCCAGGAAGCACUUCCAGACACUGCAGACCAUGGAGAGCGUUUUGAAUGGGACCCCGAAACGUAGCUCUAAGAAAGGCAGCAAGAAGGAAGCUGCUGAGCCAGUCCAGUCUACUGAGAUCCAGACUAACCAAGAUAAAACUGAUUAAGAUCCCUAAGCUAUGCAGUAAGGUUGGCAGUAUACUCCAAACAACAUUGCUUAUGCUGCUGUGAGCAAAUCACAGUGUGCACUUUGUGACUUCUAGUCUGUUCAUUAAAUGGAAUCUAUGCUAGCUGGAGGAACUUAUGUGCCAGUUCGGAGCACGAAAUAAACUUAGAUGUACUUGAACUAACCAAAAAACUUUGUUAACCAGUCACAACAUGGUUGGACAGUUGCAGGAAAUUGUAUAAUUUGGGUGAUGAAUGAAUCAAAUGAGUCAAAAUCUGAGAACUUCGACUAAUCCACAUUGCACAGUUUGGUGACCAAAUAUAAAAAAUACCAAAUGCCGAGCUGAGUUUUGAUUGUAAACCUGCAUUUCCUCGUGGUGAAAUGUUUUAUGUGCUUGUGUUCGGAGUAACCUGCCACUCAUAAUGACAUGAUGCUUGAUCUUAUAUGGUUGAAGGAUUUUGAAUCAACAGAAGCAUUGUGCAGGGGAUUAUUCAAAGAGUCUUUUAUGGAGGUCAGGUACAUGGGGACAAGCUCAAAAACAGAGGCACAAUUUUUGUUGAAGGCCAAGUUCCAGACCAUCAAUCAUUCACUUUCACAUCACGUCUUGUGUUUUAGCGUUUGUCUCCAACCGACCCAUCUGUCACUGACUUGGCCUUAAUUACAGGUUUCUUGGAUAAAACCUGCAUGCCCAGAGGGAGCUGUGAGCUUAAUACCCCUCAGCCCUGGACCCUUAAUGGCCACAAAAGCCAAGGUUUCACUUGUAAAUAAAAGAGCAUAUGCUCAUGUUGCUAAAAUAAAAAAUAUAAAAGAAAAUCAAAGAAACCUACUAAACAAAAUGUCUCUGAGGCUCUGACAAUAAGAUAUAGUGCCUCCCAUCUUACUGUAUGAGAAAAUUAACUAUCAUUUGUGCAACAGUCUAGAGACCUUUUAGUAAUUUCAUAUUGACAUGCACGAUAUACAGGCCAGUGGUGAUCAAUGGCGUUGUCAGAGUGGGAGGAGCGGGUCGAUAAGAGCUCAUUUUUGCCCCGGGUUAAUCCAGCUGGUUCUCAGUAUGUUCUCCAUGCUUUUCCUACUGUGACAUGUCAAAUUGUGUUCACUGAUAAAGGCCUAUCUAAUGUUGUUCAAGAGGGUUUUGUAAGAUAAUGGAUGGCAGAAUUUUAUCAAAGGUAAUCCCUCUUUUAAAGCAAAAAACAUAAAAUGUUUUCAUAUUUGAACAUCAAUGUACUCCAAUGUAAACCUUGGUUAAUAUACUACUAAUUACAAUAUAAUAUCUUAAUAUCUUUUGUUAAAAGUUUUCUAUAAUUGUGGGAUAAAUCAUAUAAUGAGAUAUUGAAGUUAUUGCAUAUUUUCAGUUUUAUGUUACAUGAUGCCUUUCAAUUCUUAUAUACUGUUUUUGCAAAUAAACAGUUUUCCUCACAUGCAACAAGUGACUGCUGAAGAAAAAUAAAGCACUCAAAUAGAAA